UGUGCGUGUACUUCAAAACUCAUUUAAAACGAACAAAAUUCCAAUUUUUCUAAAGAAUAUAAAGCAAAACCUGCGCUAAAAUUGUGUGAAAAAUAAGUGAAGAAUUUUUUUGCGGCGCUCUUUCUAGCACUCAGCCAAAUGCAACAAAAUUAACUUUCGGACAAACAUAUAUAACGUAUACGCAGUGUGCACUCAGUUGAGGGCACUUAUAACUAGGCUAUAGUAAACGGUUCAGCUUAAAUCAAUUUCUAUUUUCCACUUCCGUUUGCUCGUCUCGUGCGACGUGCUAGAUUUUGAAACGCGUUACAGCAGUAUUAUCUAAAAGAGAACUCUGUUUAACUAUCCAAAUAGUGUACAGUUCAAGUUUAUUUUCAUUUAAACAGAAAAGAAGCACAGCAGCAGCGAAAUGGUUGAGGGUCAGAUAGCGGUUCAACAGCAGCAGCAAUCGGGCACUGGCUCGUCCAGUAGUGGCACAGGUGGCAACGCGGCUGGAGCCGGUGGCGCCACCGCAGGCAACGUGGCCAACAGUCAGGCCCAGCAGAAUGGCGGCUCGGGCUCCACUGUGGCCGCAGUAACUGCGGCUUCUGCCCCAGCAGCAACGGCCAAUAAUGCAGCAGCCAACAACAAUAAUAACAACAACAACACUGUAGCAACAAACAACAAUAAUAACAACAAUAACAACAACAACGAACCGGAUCCCAAAACAAAUUUGAUAGUGAAUUAUUUGCCGCAAACAAUGUCGCAGGACGAAAUACGUUCGUUGUUCGUGAGCUUCGGUGAGGUGGAGAGCUGCAAGUUGAUACGCGAUAAGGUGACAGGUCAAAGUCUGGGCUAUGGCUUCGUGAACUAUGUCAAGCAAGAGGAUGCGGAGAAGGCCAUCAAUGCACUCAACGGUCUACGUCUGCAAAACAAAACCAUAAAGGUCUCCAUUGCGCGUCCCAGCUCGGAGAGCAUUAAGGGUGCCAAUUUAUAUGUAUCGGGUCUUCCAAAGAAUAUGACACAGUCCGACUUGGAAUCAUUGUUUAGUCCAUACGGCAAGAUCAUAACUUCGCGCAUACUUUGUGAUAAUAUCACUGGUCUCUCCAAGGGCGUCGGCUUCAUACGCUUCGAUCAGCGCUUUGAGGCAGAUCGCGCCAUCAAGGAGCUAAACGGCACCACACCGAAGAAUUCCACCGAACCGAUAACCGUUAAGUUUGCCAACAAUCCGAGCAGCAACAAGAACAGCAUGCAGCCCCUGGCCGCCUACAUAGCGCCACAAAAUACGCGCGGCGGACGCACCUUUCCAGCAAACGCAGCCGCCGGCGCCGCAGCAGCAGCAGCCGCUGCCGCCAUCCAUCCCAACGCGGGCCGUUACAGCUCUGUGAUCUCACGCUAUUCGCCGCUCACCAGUGAUUUAAUUACCAAUGGCAUGAUUCAAGGAAAUACCAUAACUAGCUCUGGUUGGUGCAUUUUCGUCUAUAAUCUGGCGCCCGAAACCGAGGAGAAUGUGCUCUGGCAGCUCUUCGGGCCGUUUGGUGCUGUGCAAUCCGUCAAGGUCAUACGCGAUUUGCAGAGCAACAAGUGCAAGGGAUUUGGCUUUGUUACCAUGACCAACUACGAGGAGGCUGUGCUGGCCAUACAGUCGCUCAAUGGCUACACGCUGGGCAAUCGGGUACUUCAGGUCAGCUUCAAGACCAACAAAAAUAAGCAAACGUAAUUAUUAACCAAGUUGGCUGCUGUUGUCAAUGCCAAUGCGGCGGCAGCGGCGCUGGCUGCCAAUAGUUUGGUGCUCAAUCACAACAACAACAAGCAUCACAACAACAACAGCAACAUCUGUAGCAUCAGAAACAAUAAUGCUGCCCAUCAAUUUGGCAAACAUGCUUAUCACAACAGCAACAACAACAACAGACAACACAACAACAGCAACCAAACUAACAAACAAAAACAGCAGACAACUUCAGGUAGCAGCAGCAGCAACAACAACAACAACAAUCACUCGCUGCCACUUUUGGCAGGAGCAACAAAAGCAAAUGCAACUGCAACAGCAGCAACAACAGCCACUGCGAACAAUCGUCUAAGCAAACCACCAACAAGCAGCAACAAUACCAUAACAACAUUUAUAAGCAACGGCAGCAGCAGCAGCAACAACAACAACAACAACAACAGCAACAACAACAGCAGCAGCAGCAACAACAACAACACCUCGUCCAAUGCCACGUCGCAUGGCGAUGCCGGCGCCUGCUCAACCAGCUCUGGCAGCAUAUUGAAAACUUCCACGAAAUUCAUAUACAAUAAGCCACAAAAUCAUUUCGAGCUGCUGCAACAGCAGCUGCAGCUGCAGCAGGAAUUUGCCCAGUUCCUCACAAAUGUGGCCAACAGUGCAGCUGGGAGCGGUGCCCCUGCCACGUCCAAUCACAACAGCAGCACUGGCAAUGCAGCCAGCGGCUCCAAUGCGGCUCGCAGUGCUGCUGGCAACGCGGCAUUGUUGGGCAACUCAACAGCAACAGUAGCUGGCAACAAGAACAACAAUAACAACAACAACAACAACAGCAAUAACAACUAUCAAUCCUCAUUUAUGCCAUCCUGGUCAAAUUGGUUCUUCUAAUUGAUACUGAUUAGCAGCGACUGGUAAAUCCCUUUUUAUAUAUUUUCUCUAUUCAACUGUUUUUUGUCUAUAUAUAGGCACAUAUAUAUAUAUAUAUAUUUUGUUUUAUUUUUGUUUCAUAAUUUAUCAGUUUUACUUUUUGCAAAAGUUUUUUAAAUUUUUGAGUUAAAGUUUUUUAAAAAAUACUGCAUAUACCCACUACCUAUUCAAGUUAGGUAAAUUAGGGUAUGAUGCAAUUAUUUCGGGUUUUUUUUUGUGGAAAAGUUUAUAAACACAGACAUUUUUGAAAUUUUGUUGCUACAAAUUUGAAAUUUAUAUUUGUUUAAUAUUGUUUUUUUUUAUUUUUGUUCGCUAAGUUCGUUAAAUUCAGUUUAUCUACCGAUAAACAGGCAAAGCUCAGCCAUUAUAUUUUUUACGAAUACCCUCACUAAACACACACGUCUUUUGUAUCCGUGUUUAAUUUGCACUAACAUCAAAGUCUAGUCGCCUUUAGUAAAAAGGGCUAAUGCAACCAACAACUUAUGGUUAAGUUUUUGUUUGAAGAAAGCAACAUACUCUAGAAAUAGUUUAAUAAAUUUGGCGGAAUGAAAACUGAAAGGCCAAAACCACCAAAAACAUGACAAACAGAAGAAUAUUUAAGUCUAUUGAUAAAUGUAUAAAUACAAAGAAGAAAAAAAAAAACAGAACUGAAAUACGUUAAAAGAAUAAAACGGAAACGUUUGGCAUAUGGUCGGAACCAUUUAAAGAGAAUGGCCCCAAGUUCGACAUAUGUUCGCGAUUUGUUUAUAUAGAUAUAUAUACAUAUACAUAUACGAGUAAAUGUGUAACUCUUGCUUAAAAUAAAGAUCGUAUUGCAUUAUUAUAUACUUAAA